AUGGCGGAGAAGACGCACGAGGCGACGGGACGCGGCCCUCAGCUUGCCGAAGAUGUCACGGAAGAGCUGGCGCAGCUGACGGUAGCGGCCGUCGAGGACAACGACAACGAAGGAGACAACGACGGCGACGACGACGACGACGAGUUGGCCAAGCUACCGAAAAAAGUGCUGCUACGUGUGGAGGCGCUGCGCAAGCUUCAUGAGGCUCAAGCUGAAGUCGAGGAGGAGUUUGAGAAGGAGCGCAAGGCGCUCGAGCUCAAGUACGAGAAGCUGUACCAACCGUUCUACCAGCAGCGCGCCGAUAUUGUGUCGGGAGCGAAGGAAGUGGAUGCUGUCGCAGCCGCUGAUGCUGAGUCCCUGCCGACGAGCACUGAGUCUGGGGAGGAAGAGGAUGUGAAGGGCGUGCCUGGCUUUUGGCUGCGUGCGUUCAUGAAUCACUCGGCCUUAGCUGACCUCAUUCAUGAGCGUGAUUUGCCCGCGUUUGAGUUCUUGAAGGACGUGCGAUCGACCAGCCACGAAACGGACAAUGGCUUUAAGCUCACGUUUGACUUUGCUGACAACCCUUUCUUUUCCAACAAGACGCUGACGAAGGAGUACGACAUUGGGGACGCUUCGGAACAGGGCGAGGCCGUGCUGCGCAAUGUGGCGGGCACUGUGAUUGAGUGGAAAGAAGGCCAGAAUCUGUGCCAAGUGACCAAGAAGGUGAAGCAGCGUGCGAAGGGUGGAAGGAGCGGAUCGCGUGUCGUGAGCCGCACGGAGCCUUGCGAGAGCUUUUUCCAGAUUUUCGCUCCCGUGGAGAUGCCGUCAGAAGAAGACGACGAAGAUAGUGAGAUGAUUAUGCGCCAGCUGAGCGACGACUUUGAGAUUGGCUUUACGAUCCACGAGACGAUCAUCCCGCAGGCUUUGUUGUGGUUUACUGGCGAGGCCGUGGAGAAUGACUCGGACUACGAUCCGGAGGAAGAGGAGGACUAUGAGGAGUCAGACGAGGAGUCGCUCUCGAGCGACGAGGCCCCCAAGCCUCGUCGAGGCAAGAAGAAGUUCCCUGCACUCGAGAGCGACGCGGCCUCGACGGAGAAGCCACCAGAGUGUAAGAAUCAAUGA